GGUCGGCGGUUGUCGAAGUCGUGAGGUUCGUUCAAAAUCAAAAGUGCGAGGUUGCUUGGCCAGGCUAACCGAGCCCAAAGCGGCUUAGCGUCGACCACAACAUCAACUUGGAGCCCUGGAGAACUUCAACAUCGCAUUUCUCCUGCCUCUGCCACCAUUGUACCAAAUUCCGAUAUGCCAAUUACUUCGUGGUGCCCUAUGUCACUCAUACCAUACCCACACAGCGGCACAAUACCAUUUAGUAGCCAGCCAGGACUGCUCGGCUUCUGCUCGGGCGAUAGAGUAAUUGCCAGGUCUGCUAACGAUUUCUUGCUUUCGGUGAGCGGUCAUAAUCACGAGAUGACAAGGAACUAUCUCCAAGUUCAACUCCAUCUGGACACCAUUUCAGUCCCACUCCCACUCCCCUCAACCGGCAAUGGAUCGAUUGUGUGCACGGAAUAUCCGCCCCAGGCAACAAGUUCUACUCCGCCCCGACCCAGGCUGAAUGCCUACAUCCAUGGCGUGUUGCAAAAGCGCACCCAUCAGAUUUUCCUCCAGGUGCCUGACAAUACAGCCGUGCAAUCAAUGCAAACGGUGCCAUGCCCGAUCCAUUGUCCACCUACAACGAGUCGCUCUCCGUCACUGACUUCCUCUUGCUGUCUUCGCUUCAUUGGUGGGAACAGUUUUCCCUAUUCGGCUCUCUCAAUCAAACAACGUCUUUUCUGAAUCUUUGCUCCCGGAUAUGUCGUCAUGCCAGUUCAGAGCCAACAGCGGCCAUCAAGAGAGCCUGUUGUUAUCCGUCUCAUGCAGUUGUUCUUCAUCAACCGACAAGCCGAGUGAAGCUGUCCUUUUCUGAAAUCGAUCACCGGCAGGUUUAAAUGCUAUCAGCGAUAUAGCAAUCGAAUAUCGACGUUGCUCGUACCGAUCGUUCUCUUCCCUUGGGUUAUUCUGGAAGGUUUCGUGAAGUUC